CCCGCCCCGCCGGCCGGGCCGCUCCGCCCCGAUGAGGCGCGGCGGCUGCGCGGCCCGCGGGAUCGCCGCCGCCAUGCUGCCCAACACCGGGAAACUGGCAGGAUGCACCCUCUUCAUCACAGGCGCAAGUCGAGGCAUUGGCAAAGCCAUUGCUUUGAAAGCUGCUAAGGAUGGUGCAAACAUUGUGAUAGCUGCCAAGACAGCUGAGCCCCAUCCUACUCUUCCAGGGACUAUCUACACCGCUGCAGAAGAAAUUGAAGCGGCUGGAGGAAAGGCUUUGCCCUGCGUUGUUAAUGUGAGAGAAGAAGAGCAAAUUAUUAGUGCUGUGGAGAAAGCUGUGAAGACUUUUGGAGGGAUUGACAUUUUGGUGAACAAUGCAAGCGCCAUCUCUUUGACUGGCACUUUGGAAACAGCAACGAAGAAGGUCAAUCUUAUGAUGGAUGUCAAUGUACGAGGAACCUACCUUACAUCUAAAGCAUGCCUUCCCCACUUGAGGAAGAGUAAGAACCCCCAUAUCCUGAACCUUAGCCCACCUAUGAAUCUGAAUCCCAUAUGGUUCAAAAAUCAUUGUGCUUAUACCAUUUCUAAAUAUGGGAUGUCCAUGUGUGUCUUGGGAAUGGCAGAAGAAUUUAGAGGAGAAGUUGCUGUCAAUGCUUUAUGGCCUAAAACAGCCAUACAUACAGCUGCUAUGGAUAUGCUGGGAGGAGCUGGAAUAGAAAAACAGUGCAGGAAAACAGAUAUCCUGGCAGAUGCUGCAUACUGCAUUUUAACAAAACCAAAAAGUUUCACUGGAAAUUUCGUUAUUGAUGAAGUUCUGCUGCGAGAAGAGGGAGUUAAGGAUUUUGAUGUCUAUGCAAUUGCACCAGGUCACCCUCUGAUACCUGACUUCUUCUUGGAUGUUGAGAUUGACACUACAGCUGUGAAACAAAAAGGAUAUGGUGCUGCCCAAGCAUUGAAAGAGGAGAAGACAGAAUCUGCUCCAGCCAAGCCAUCCGGGCCUGUUGCAGAAACAUUCAGAGUUAUUCAGGGGGCCAUGACGGAAGAGAAUGUGAGAAGUACUCAGGGCGAGGACUUGGUAGCAUUAUGUAAACUAAAGCCAACUAUGGCCUUCAUGUCAGGAAAAUUAAGGAUUAAAGGAAAUAUGGCACUAGCAAUGAAGCUCGAGAAGUUGCUUACACAACUUAACUCUAAACUGUAAGGGGAAACCCUUGCUAGAAGAGCAGUGGCCUUUCAUAUAUAACUGGAAUACUGUUUUGAAUUUGUAGUCAUCAUUUUUCUCUGAUGCAAUAUAAGAAAUAUGGAUAAAAUGUGAGGGUUUUGUAGGAGAGGUAACUCCAUCUGAUUAAGGGAAGAAAGUGUUUGUGAUUAAACUAAUUGCUUCUCAAGAAUACACUUA